GGCGCUCCUGUUAAAGCGGCGAACUACAUGCAUGGCGCUCCUGUUAAAGCGGCUAACUACAUGCAGGGCGCUCCUGUUAAAGCGGCUAACUACAUGCAGGGUGCUCCUGUUAAAGCAGCGACCUACAUGCAGGGCGCUCCUGUUAAAGCGGCGAACUACAUGCAUGGCGCUCCUGUUAAAGCGGCGAACUACAUGCAUGGCGCUCCUGUUAAAGCGGCGAACUACAUGCAUGGCGCUCCUGUUAAAGCGGCGAACUACAUGCAUGGCGCUCCUGUUAAAGCGGCGAACUACAUGCAUGGCGCUCCUGUUAAAGCGGCUAACUACAUGCAUGGCGCUCCUGUUAAAGCGGCUAACUACAUGCAUGGCGCUCCUGUUAAAGCGGCUAACUACAUGCAUGGCGCUCCUGUUAAAGCGGCGAACUACAUGCAUGGCGCUCCUGUUAAAGCGGCUAACUACAUGCAUGGCGCUCCUGUUAAAGCGGCGAACUACAUGCAUGGCGCUCCUGUUAAAGCGGCGAACUACAUGCAUGGCGCUCCUGUUAAAGCGGCGAACUACAUGCAUGGCGCUCCUGUUAAAGCGGCGAACUACAUGCAUGGCGCUCCUGUUAAAGCAGCGAACUACAUGGGGGAACCAGGAGUUCUGACAUCUCUGCAGUUCUUAGUUUUCUUUUUUGGUACUUGCGUUCAUUUUUUCUUUCUGAAUGAAGCCACCAGGCCAGGGUUGAAAUACUAUUGAAAAUCUUUUUCAAAUUCUGGGAGGUUUUGUUCAGACCAACCUGGAGUACCAGGGGGGCGGGGCUUAGUUAUUGGGACAAUUUUAUUGGUCCAUGUAACCAAGAAAGAUUUCCAGUGGUACUGGAACUGGUGUGUAAUCAGCAUGGUUAUUUAUUGUGAGACUGUCAUGUUACUUUGAUUAAAAGUAAAAAAUAAAAUAGUGAGUGUCUUUA